ACAGCCCGCUUUGUGGAUAACGACCCCCACUAUUAGGGCGGAGAGACAUGUAAUCUUGUUAGUAUAUCCAUCAUCUUUGUCAAUGACAAUUUACCCAAUUUAACCACUACAUUCACACGUCAGAGAGCAUAACCGAUCUUAGAUCAGCGCCCUGGAGCAAACUAUCGCUGAACAGCGGCAGUCAUAGCGACUGUUGCUUUUGUUAGCAAAAUGGCGACAAGCGGAGAAGCCCCGGAAUCUUGGUAUCUGGCUCUGCUCGGCUUUGCGGAACAUUUUCGCACCUCAAGUCCCCCCAAGAUCCGUCUCUGCGUCCACUGUCUGCAGGCGGUGUUCCAGUUUAAGCCGCCGCAGAGGGUCGAAGCCCGAACUCAUCUCCAACUGGGCUCGGUACUCUACCACCACACCAAGAACACGGAACUCGCCCGGAGCCACUUGGAGAAAGCGUGGUUCAUAUCACAACAAAUCCCUCAGUUUGAAGAUGUCAAAUUUGAGGCUGCAAGUCUUCUGUCAGAGCUCUAUUGCCAACAGAAUCUGGUUGACUCUGCAAAGCCCUUGCUGCGGAAGGCCAUUCAGAUCUCCCAACAGACUCCCUACUGGCACUGCAGAUUACUCCUCCAACUGGCGCAACUGCACACGCUGGAGAAGGAUCUAGUGUCAGCCUGUGACCUCCUGGGGGUCGGGGCAGAGUAUGCCCGGGUAGUGGGCUCCGAGUACACCAGAGCCCUCUUUCUUUUGAGUAAAGGAAUGCUGCUGCUGAUGGAGAGGAAGCUGGGGGAGGUGCACCCCCUGUUGACUCUGUGUGGGACCAUCGUGGAGAACUGGCAGGGAAACCCCAUCCAGAAGGAGUCUCUCAGGGUCUUCUUCCUGGUGCUGCAGGUCACACACUACCUGGACGCUGGACAGGUGAAGAGUGUGAAGCCGUGUCUGAAGCAGCUGCAGCAGUGCAUCCAGACCAUCUCUACACUCCACGACGAUGAGAUCCUACCCAGUAACCCUGCCGACCUGUUCCACUGGCUGCCCAAGGAGCACAUGUGUGUCCUCGUCUACCUGGUGACAGUCAUGCACUCCAUGCAAGCAGGCUACCUGGAGAAGGCCCAGAAAUACACCGACAAAGCUCUGAUGCAACUGGAAAAGCUCAAAAUGCUGGACUCCAGCCCCAUCCUCUCCACGUUCCAAGUCAUCCUACUGGAACACAUCAUCAUGUGUCGACUCGUCACUGGUCACAAGGCCACGGCACUGCAGGAGAUCUCUCAGGUGUGUCAGCUGUGCGCUCAGUCCCCAAGGCUGUUCACCAACCACGCAUCCCAGCUACACACCCUGCUAGGUCUGUACUGCAUCUCCGUGAACUGCAUGGAUAACGCAGAGGCGCAGUUCACUGCUGCCCUGCGGGUGAGUGACCUGACGACGCACCAGGAGCUGUGGGCGUUCAUCGUGACCAACUUGGCCAGCGUCUACAUUAGGGAAGGCAACAGGCACCAGGAGCUUUAUAGCCUGUUGGAGAGGAUAAACCCAGAUCACAACUUCCCUGUCAGCUCUCAUUGUCUGCGAGCAGCAGCCUUCUACAUCCGUGGACUGCUCUCCUUCUUCCAGGGACGAUACAAUGAGGCCAAGCGGUUCCUGAGGGAGACUCUGAAGAUGUCCAAUGCCGAAGACCUCAAUCGUCUGACCGCAUGCUCUCUGGUCCUACUGGGCCAUAUCUUCUAUGUGCUGGGGAACCACCGGGAGAGCAACAACAUGGUUGUUCCAGCUAUGCAGCUGGCCAGCAAGAUCCCCGACAUGUCAGUCCAGCUCUGGUCCUCAGCUCUGCUCAAGGAUCUAAACAAGGCGUGUGGGAACACGAUAGAUGCCCACGAGGCGGCUCAGAUGCACCAGAACUUCUCCCAGCAGCUACUGCAGGACCACAUCGCUGCCUGCAGUCUCCCUGAGCACAACCUCAUCAGUUGGACGGAUGGACCACCUCCAGUGGGCCAGUUUCAGGCACAGAACGGACCCACUACCAGCCUGGCCAGCCUACUCUGAGCACCACCACGCCAUGACCGGAUGAGAGGGGAAGGGACUGGAUGAGAG